UGAUCUUCUCUACUUCCCUCCAUCUUUAUAACCUUCAGUUCUACCUUCCCUUUCUACAGUGUCCCCACACCCUCCUCUGAGACAUCAUGUUCAACUCGAUGACCCCACCACCAGUCAGUAGCUAUGUUGAGUCAUGCUGUCUUCGACCCCUCCUCAGUCAAGGGACCCCCAGCAUGGGGACAGAAGGACUGUCUGGUCUGCCCUUUUGCCAUCAAGCCAACCUCACGUCGGGUCCCCACAGUUAUAUGCCAGCCAGAGAGAACAGCAGCUGCACUGAGGGAUCACUCUUUCCUCCUCCCCGGAAUGCUGUCAAGUUGACCAAGAAGCGAGCACUGUCCAUCUCACCUCUGUCAGAUACCAGCCUGGACCUGCAGACAGUUAUCCGCACCUCACCCAGCUCCCUUGUGGCCUUCAUCAAUUCCCGCUGCACAUCUCCUGGAGGCUCCUAUGGCCAUCUCUCCAUUGGCACCAUGAGCCCUUCUCUGGGAUUCCCACCUCAGAUGAAUCACCAAAAAGGGAGCUCACCUUCCUUUGGAGUGCAGCCCUGUGGCCAUGACUCCAACCGGGGUGGGAUGAUGCCACAUCCUCAGUCCCGGGGACCCCUCCCAACUUGUCAGCUGAAGUCAGAGCUGGACAUGCUGGUUGGCAAGUGCCCAGAGGAGCCUUUGGAAGGUGAUAUGUCCAGCCCCAACUCCACAGGCACACAGGAUCCCCUGUUGGGGAUGCUAGAUGGGCGAGAAGACCUCGAGAGAGAGGAAAAGCCUGAGCCUGAGUCUGUAUAUGAGACUGACUGCCGCUGGGAUGGUUGCAGCCAGGAAUUUGACUCCCAGGAGCAGCUGGUGCACCAUAUCAACAGUGAACACAUUCAUGGAGAACGGAAGGAGUUCGUGUGCCAUUGGGGGGGCUGCUCCAGGGAGCUGAGGCCCUUCAAAGCCCAGUACAUGCUGGUGGUACACAUGCGCAGACACACAGGCGAGAAGCCACAUAAGUGCACGUUUGAAGGGUGUCGGAAGUCAUACUCACGCCUUGAAAACUUGAAGACACAUCUGCGGUCACACACGGGUGAGAAGCCAUACAUGUGUGAGCACGAGGGCUGCAGUAAAGCGUUUAGCAAUGCCAGUGACCGCGCCAAGCACCAGAAUCGGACCCACUCUAAUGAGAAGCCGUAUGUGUGCAAGCUCCCUGGCUGCACCAAACGCUACACAGACCCCAGCUCACUCCGAAAACACGUCAAGACAGUGCAUGGUCCUGAUGCCCAUGUGACCAAGCGACAUCGAGGGGAUGGCCCCUUGCCCCGGGCACCAUCCCUUUCCACAGUGGAGCCCAAGAGGGAGCAGCGAGAAGGAGGCUCCAUCAGGGAAGAGAGCAGACUGACUGUGCCAGAGGGUGCCAUGAAGCCACAGCCCAGCCCUGGGGCACAGUCUUCCUGCAGCAGUGACCACUCUCCAGCAGGCAGCGCAGCCAACACAGACAGUGGCGUGGAAAUGGCUGGCAAUGCAGGGGGCAGCACUGAGGACCUGUCUAGCUUGGAUGAGGGGACUUGUGUUGCUGGCACUGGACUGUCCACUCUUCGCCGCCUUGAGAAUCUCAGGCUGGACCAGCUGCAUCAACUCCGGCCAGUAGGGCCACGGAGUCUCAAACUGCCCAGCUUGACCCACACUGGCACCCCUGUGUCCCGCCGUCUGGGCCCUCCAGCCUCUCUUGAUCGCCGCAGCAGCAGCUCCAGCAGCAUCAGCUCUGCCUACACUGUCAGCCGCCGUUCCUCCCUUGCCUCCCCUUUUCCCCCUGGAUCCCCACCAGAGAAUGGGGCGUCCUCCCUGCCUGGCCUCACACCUGCCCAGCACUACCUGCUCCGGACAAGAUAUGCUUCAGCCAGGGGCGGUGCUACCCCACCCAUAGCAGCACCCAGCCUGGAUCGGGUGGGGAGUCUCCCUGCACCUUCUUGGAGAAGUAAAGCUGAGUAUCCAGGAUAUAACCCCAAUGCAGGGGUCACCCGUAGGGCCAGUGACCCAGCCCGAGCUGCCGACCGCCCUGUUCCAGCCAGAGUCCAGCGGUUCAAGAGCCUGGGUUGUGUCCACAUACCCCCUACUGUGGCAGGGGGAGGACGGAACUUUGAUCCUCACCUCCCAACCUCUAUCUAUUCACCACAGCCUCCCAGCAUUACAGAGAACAUUGCCAUGGAUACUAGAGGGCUACGGGAGGAGCCAGAGGUUGGGACUUCCAUGAUGGGCAGUGGUCUGAACCCCUAUAUAGACUUCUCAUCUGAUGAUACUCUAGGAUAUGGGGGGCCUGAAGGGGCAGCGGCAGAGCCUUAUGGAGCUAGGGGUCCAGGUGCCUUGCCUCUUGGGCCUGGUCCACCUACCACCUAUGGCCCCAGCCCCUGUCCCCAACAGGUCUCCUAUCCUGACACCACUCCAGAAACAUGGGGUGAGUUCCCUUCAGUACACUCUGGGCUAUAUCCAAGUCCCAAGACUCCAGGUGGAGCCUAUAGUCAGUGUCCUCGACUUGAACAUUAUGGACAAAUACAAGUGAAACCAGAACAAGGAUGCCCAGUGGGGUCUGACUCCACAGGACUGGCACCCUGCCUCAAUGCCCAUCCCAGGGAGGGACUCGCAUGCCCACAGCCCCCAUUCUCCCAUUACCCCCAGCCUCCUCCUCCCCAGUAUCCUCAGACAGGUCCCUAUCCUCAGCCACCCCCUGAUUAUCUUCCUUCAGAACCCAGGUCUGAUCUUGAUUUUGAUUCUCCCACUCAUUCUACUGGACAGCUCAAGGCUCAACUUGUUUGUGAUUAUGUUCAGUCUCAGCAAGAGCUCCUCUGGGAGGGUGGGGGCAGGGGAGAGGCCCCAGUCCAGGAACCUUCCUAUCAAAAUUCCAAGUUUCUGGAGGAUUCUCAAAUUAGUCCAAGCCCUGCCAAAGCCCCAAUGGCCACAUAUGAACCUGGCUUUGCACCCAGCUUGCCCAAUCACAAGUCAAGCUCCUACCCCACACAUUCAUCAUGCCAUGAAAAUUUUGCUGUGGGAGCGAACAGAACCUCCCAUAGGGGAACAGCACCACCCCGGCUUCUGCCUCCAUUGCCCCCUUGCUAUGGGCCCCUCAAGGCAGGGGGAACCAACCCCAGCUGUGGUCAUCCUGAAGUUGGCAGGCUGGGAACAGGUCCUGCCUUGUACCCUCCUCCUGAAGGGCAGGUAUGUAACCCUCUGGACUCUCUUGAUCUUGACAACACUCAGCUGGACUUUGUGGCUAUUCUGGAUGAGGCCCAAGGGCUGAGUCCUCCUCCUUCCCAUGAUCAGGGAGACAGCUCUGAACAUACCCCACCUUCCUCUGGGCCCCCCAACAUGGCUGUGGGCAACAUGAGUGUAUUACUGGGAUCCCUACCUGGAGAGACACAAUUCCUCAACUCUAGUGCCUAAAUGGUGAAGAAUACCAUCCAUAAAACCCUCAUUUCCUAAGGCUUCCAUUCCUCCAGGGGAGUUGGGGAGAGGAGCCACAGAUCCCUGCAGAAGAUGCCCCAGGGAUGGAAGAUUUAGGUUGGGGGCUGUAUUUAAUCUGCGUAUGUUUUGGAGAGGAAUUUUAUAAUGACACUGAUUCCUGAAAAUAAAGGAACUGCAUCAGAAAAAAAA